GAAUCCGGAUCCAUGCAGGGCUUAACAAAGAUGCUUUGGUUCUUACUGACUAUUAUAUUCGACAGGACCGCUGUCAGGCUCCAGACAGGUGAAGAGAAGAGUGAACACACCUUGGUUUAGCGGACUGUUGAACAGACAAUGUUUCGGAACGACUACAGCUGGUCUGACAAGGUAGCCAGCUUCUGGUCCACCCUGCUGGUAGCAAGCCUGGCCUUCAUGUCUCUCUUGCUGCGUUACGUGACAAGUCCUAUCACAUGCUACGGCCCAUCGCAAAUGACCACCUUGCAAACAUAUUACUACCACCAGAAAUGCCUCCAACAAGAGAAAUACGAAAUGUUUUCCAGAAAUGAGGAGUCAGGGAUAGCAUCGUACCACAUGUGGGUGCCGCUGGUUCUGGCCGUGUCGGCUUUGCUGUGCCUCCUACCCCAUGCGAUGUGGAGUCUCUUUUCGCGCUUCCUGUGGGUGGACGCGCACCUCCUGGUGCAGAAUCUGAAAGACACGCAGGGCCUGCCUCACGACGAUCGCCACCCGUUGCUGCGUGACACGGCCACCCUGCUCGUCACCGCCCUCAAGCGAGGCAACUGUGCGCUGGCUCUUGCCUCGGUGGGCCGGAAGUCGCUUGUGGUGGUCACGUGUCUCGUGCAGGCGGUCCUCGUGGCCUCUCUGUUCGAACCGCAGCUCGUCUUCCAGCCGUGGCGAGCAGACAGUGAGGUCAACAACACCGUGGCUGCUCUACCACGAGAAGACUUCGUGUGCACGUUCUCUGUCUACCAGAUGGGAGCCAGACACAGCUUCAGUGUCCAGUGCUUCCUCCCGAUUAACGAGGUGUACAGCAAAGUCUUCACUUUCCUCUUCUACAUGUUCCUCCUCCUCACCAUCGUCACCGGCCUCGACCUUCUGAUCUUGGUGGCCCGCGUGGCGGUGCCGGGGAUCAGCGACUACCCGGUCCGGCGCUACCUGGAGGCGGCGUUGGGCGCAGAGCGGGAGGACUCGGCCACCCCGGAGAAGAUGUACCCGCGCUUCAGCCAGCUGCUGGGGUGGGACGGACGACUGGUGCUGGCGCUGGCAGCCGAUUCCUGCGGACCGCUGACGACCGUGGCGCUGGUGAAGAACGUGGCCGGUGAUUGGCUCGCUGGCUCCAUUGUCUCGCGCUCUCUCGCGCAGUCUUUGGAGCCGCACAUGGAGCGUCAGUCCGGGGGCAUACCGCUGGUCCCCAUGGACGACCUGAGCAUGGGCUAUGAGAAGCUGGUAGAGAAGUAGCCAGAAGACAAAGCGAAGGAAGAAGAGGGCGCAGAGGGAGAAAAGCUACGUCUCCUGCAUUUAUUUGUUUUCAUUUUGUUUGUAUUUACUACUGCAUUUUUCUUUUUAGAGACCAUGCGGUUUACUCGACACUUCUCGAAAGCAAUGAAGUAUGUUUUUUUUAAAUUACAUGUACAAAGAAGAAUUUUAAGAUUGAAAAAAGAAUCAAAUAUAGGCGGAAGAUCUGGUUAUUAAGACGAGAGACCGUUAGAUUUUAUUGUCUCUAGUGAAUGCUGUAUACUCAAGGUGUACAUAUACCUAAUGCACCAAUAAUGCAUAGAUGCAUGUUAUUACUGUCCUGUCUCUAUAUAUAUCAAUACUCAUUGUGUCCUCCUAUCCAUUCUGUUUUUUAAUCACUCUAUAGAUCAAUUCGUGCACCUGUAUUUUAUUCUCGUUCGUAACAUUAUGCUGCCAUAGUAAAGGCGUUAAUACGACA